AUGGACCACCGUCGCGUAGAGCGGGUGGGCCUCCUGUCCCCCCUGGAGGAGUCGAGCGCCGAGAUUAGCCGGGACAGCGGCAUCGUGUCGCAGAGCGCCAGCAGCCUAUCGAUGGUCAGCGACAUCCUCAGCAGCGGCACCGUGUCGCAGAGCCCCAGCUUCGGCGCGGCGGCUAACGUCGUCGCGUCGCCCAGUCCGAGCCUUCACGAGGCGGUGGCGGCAGCGGCGUCCCAGAACGCUCCCGAAAGGCUCGACGACGACCUGGUCCAAACCGCCAUCGCGUACUCCUCCUACGUGAAGGCCACCGCGGGAGAAGAGAUUCUGUGCCUGGAGAAAAGCUUGGAGGAAAUGUUGACCAGAGUUGACGAGUUUGUCGGCAUGCUGGAUAUGAUUCGUAGCGACACGACACAGAUUGUGAGUGAAAACCUACCUCAAAUUCAGCAAAAGUCAGAGGAAAUGAGGCAACUGUACAGACGGAUCGACAAGUUAGAGGGCUUUGUCAAAAUGGUGGGUGCCAACGUCAGCGCCAUGGAGGAGCAGUUGACCCAUGCUGAGGGAGAAGUGGCCACGCUACCGGGUGCCUUCAAGAAGAUUUUCCGCACAAUGAGCGUUCCGGGCUUCUUAAAUAAACCAAACAGUCCACGAAGAACGCCACAACAUCCACACCAUCAAGAAAUCCCGCGAGUGUUCCGCACGGACGAUUACAUCGUCACGUCGCAGCCAACAGAACAGUCGUAA